AAGGAUUUUUUGGUUGGAUGUAUUGCUAUCUACAACCGUGGUUCUACUGAACAAUUGAAGUGCUAUUGACCAUUUAACCAAGCCAAUUGUUAUCAUUUUGGAAUUUGUUCACUGAGGAUUUUACACAGUUGCGAACACGCAUAGUCCAAGUUUUGUAGCGGAUUGUGAAACCUAGUAAAUAAUAAUCACCAAUCUCGGAUAAGAAAUGGCGAGGGGUAACGCUAGAGAUCUUGCGCGCGAAAAGAACCAAAAGAAACAAUUGGAACAAGCCAAAAAAAAAGGAAUUUCGGACAAAGGUUCAAAUCAAGGUUUGACGUUGGAACAAAGAAAACAAAGAGAUGCCGAUAGAAUGAGAGAAAAACAACUUAAAAAACAAGAAGAUAAAUGAAUCCAAUGAUGAAUAUUUGUGUCACAGAUAUAUUUUAAUCCUGAGCUCAAAAUAAAUUCAAUUAUAUAUUAUGUAAUAAUACCA